GUCGUGGGGUGGGGGAGACUCGGGAUCCUCAUUCAGCGGUUCUGGGAGGCCCAGGAAGCCCACGGCCUGGCUUGGGCACCAUCACCCCCGCCAGGCCACCAUGGUCCCCGGCUGGCUGCUGCUUCUGGCGAUGGCUCUGCCCCCGGGUGCCAUGGGCGCCAAGGACUGUGUGUUCUGUGAGCUGACCGACUCCACGCAGUGCCCCGGGACCCACAUGCGCUGUGGCGAAGACGAGGACUGUUUCACGGGUCAGGGGGUGGCCCCGGGGCUCGGCCUCAUCAUCAACAAAGGCUGCGUGCAGUCCACUUCCUGCGGCCACGAGGAGCCCGUCACCUACAUGGGCGUCACCUACACCCUCACCACCACCUGCUGCUCCGGCCACAUGUGUAACAGGGCCCCCGGUCCCGAAAGCGGCCAGCUGGAAGGGGUCACCGCCGCCGGCCUGGCGCUGGGCCUGCUGCUGUUCCCACAUUUGCUGUGACCAACCUGAAGGGCAGGGCCUGGGACUGGUCUCCCGGCCUCACUGCUCCCCGAGCCUCCUGCCUCCACCCCUCCCCCUCAUUAAAUGCCCAGAGGCCCUGGACAACC